AUGGAUCACGGACUGUCUAUGGUCGGAGAAAAGGGAUCUCUGAUCCCUCUCCCAACACCUCCUCCCCGCCAACCGCUCCCCUCAUACGUAGUAGCAGGCCUCGAACGCAGGCGGCAGAAAGCCGAAGAGGCUGAGGCCGCCAGAAAGGCCGAGGAAGCGAAGGUUGAGGCCGCCAAGAAGGCACAGGAAGCACUCUCCACUGCAAACCAGGCAUCUAAGCUUCCCGCCACUUCAGGUCUGAACCCUCUGGCAAGUUCCUUCGAGCCAGGUACUUCCGGUGCUGGAGGUCCCCUACUCGAGCUGUGCGGCAAACGCCGUUGGUACUACGAUGCUCCGGUGCAGCUGUCGGCUCGCGGAAGUCCGGAUGAUGCCACUUAUGAAGUAUUCGGUCUCCAUGGUCAAGAAGCUUCAGAGAGCGUGUCCGUCACCAAGCAUGGCGCUCCGGGGUUCCUCCCCAGCUCUUCCAAAGGCCGAAAGGUCCAGGCCUCGCAAGAAACCGACGAUGAUAGCGACGAUACCAUUACUCAGGCUAACUUUGCGAGCAUUCGACCAUCGAAGCAACGAGCGAUCAAUCCCGUGUCCGCCUAUCUCUCUAGCUCGAACCCUGUAGCAUCCGGAAGUGGUACUGGAAGUCUUCUUUGGAAUGCACCAAAUUCUACAGGAGCGCGAGCGCGACAAGACCAGCGUAAGAUCCGACGGCUCGCAAAGCUUGACCGACUGAGGAAAACCCUCGCGUCCACUGAGCACGGUCACGACGUUGUUAAAAGUCAUGCCGCCAAAGCCGGCGCGUCGUCCGGAAACAACACCAACGAUAACUCAGUGACCGAAGGACUCACCAAGAAGCAGAAGGGUAAAGCGAAGGCUACAGACAGCGACCUUUCGGCCGAGGACGCCGCCUCAGGAUCGUCGACUGUGACCCAGGAGACGCAAGUCGUGGCACCAGUAACCAACCGCCAAAAUUCGGCCUCAUCUACAACCUGCCUCCGGAGUGCUCCAGCCUUGAACUAA